UCUAUUUCCUCCAUUUAUUCCAAACGCUGCUUGGCCGCUGUCGAUCGUUGCGAGAUGAUAUGACGCGUCGAGCAGACAAAAAAAGCCGACCCAUCCGUAUGUCUCAUUCCAGUUGUUUUCCGUUUUUGAGUUGUUGUUGAGCGUAGCUGGUAUGACGCGUCGAGUGACAACAGAAAAGUCGGCCAAAUCCAACCUCACAUUUCUAGGAAGGCGUGUGCACGAACCAGCCGUUAAUUCGAGCUGAAUAAAAGACCAAGCACUCCUCGCUGGCUGUCUUCAAAAGCUCUCUUAACGCGGUCCUCGGCCGUUGAAUGGUGAAGAGCCAUCUACCACUCUUACCUCAAUCCAUCGUCGACCCUGUGCUCCUAACGCAGCCGCCGUCGGUACGGACUGGUCGAAGUCAGUACCUCCAGUUCGCCUCGCUCGCUCCGCUUCACAGCCAUGGGCCAUCUAUUUUCUUCACUCUACUUAAAAACAAAAGCAAAACAACCGUUGCCUCUUGUCACAUCGUCUACCAUCUUAACAAAUAUGAAUCCAACCCAGCAAAACCUCAUCGCUGUCGGCAUCUUCAGCGUCGUCCACCACGUCAGUGACACGUUGGUUAGAAAGCUGCCUCGCACUGAUGAUGCCUUUACCCUUCCAGGGAACCUUCAGGCCAUCAGAAAUGAAGCGACAAUAUACGCCUUACUGGGAGAAAAUCCCUGUAUCGUAAGGUGUUUAUCCAUCGGCAAAACCUUGGACCAUGUCGAUCUUGAAUUUUAUCCACAUGGGACCCUCAUGAAUUACAUUCAAACGUACAAGGAAUCUAUCUCGGAUGCUUCUCGGAUCCGGUGGGCCCGUCAGAUCAUUGAAGCUGUGGCGCUUGUCCAUGAGAAGGGUAUCGUCCACGCGGAUCUUGCCCUUAGGCAAUUCUUCUUGGACUCAGAUUUGAAUGUCCGCCUCGGUGACUUUGGAGCAUCUGGAUACCCUGGGCAGGAGGCAUUAGGAAUGGAGGGCGCGAGCCAUUUCUUGCCGAGGAACCCCGAUGACCCAAACACAUUUUUGUCAGAUCUAUUUGCGCUUGGCUCUACACUCUACGAGCUUGGGGUCGGCGAGACUCCAUAUCGCGGCUUGAAUGAUGAUCUGAUAGAGAAUCUAUAUGCUAAAGGAGACUUUCCUUUCGUUGACGGCAUUUUCUGCGGUUCCGUUAUUUUGGGCUGUUGGAGAUGUGAGUUCUCUUCUGCAAAGCAUGUGCUCAUGGGAUUUGAAGAAUUGUUUUGAUGCGAUUUAAUACUAUCAAAUACUUCAUUGGUAGAUUUCAUAAAUGAGUGUGCUGCUAUGACCAUGCCUACAAAUAUGAGAAGGUGACCAGAAUCCAACAACCAUUCUCAAACUUUCUCUCAAGACAGCUAUACCACAGGUUGCGGGUAGCGAACGUUUGCAACUUCCUGAGGGGAGGGCGUAGUAUCUAUUCGCCACGUUAAAUCCAUCUCUGAGUAUUUUACUUACCUGCUAAGUUACUUACCUAGGCAUGCUGAGCGCACUUUCCCUUCCUUCUGGUCGAUCCCGCAUGUCGUAGCUCGUAGUGAGGACAGUCUCUAAUGCCCCUGGCCGGCUUUUUGUCGCACUCGCGGCCUGGUGUGUAGGUAACUGAGUUGCAAGUUGGAUUAAUGCAACCGCCGCCUUGGAAUAUGAUGGUAUGAUACUUAUCCAAUUGUGUGACGGUGUUGCCUAAGCUACUUCGUUAUAACUGAUACGAAGACACACGCAGCUAGGCUCUUCUUGCUACGUGACCAUAUAAUAAGUAUAUAAGGCCACAGAAUUCUUAUCACGUCUGUCCAAAGAACUUCCUUUAUAACCAGCCUUCCUUUGCAGACUUCACUUGCUGCUCAAGUACUCGAAGGUACUCAUCUCUCUCACGAGGACAUUAUAUUGACCAAUCAGAAAACCGACGUUUACGAUCUCGGCAUACAUUCUGGCAGGUGUAACUGGAAAGAUAACACAUGAUGAGUUUGAUAGGUCGUAUAUCUAUUG